ACCACAGAUUAAUCUGAAGUGUAUCUCAAUUUAGUUCAAUGCACUAAAUACUACAUAUAGUACUUGAUACCCGAUAAUGAUGAGUGGGUAUACAUUUUUAACUACACACCUACAAUCUGAUUUACUAUAAACUGAAACAGCAAUAACAAUAUGUUGCAUGGUAGACAACAACAAAUGGAUAACAACAAUAUUAUAAUUAAAAACUACAACAAUGAAAACAACGAUAACUAUCAAUUAAUAUGUUUGAAAAUCAAAAUAAGAAUUUAGAAAAAUUAUUAAAUAGCAACAAGAAAAACAACACACAAAAUAGCACAAUACAACAAGUCAAAAGAAAAUCAUAGUGUUCAACAAAUUAAAAAAAAUAUAAAAUAAUUAACUAACCUCUUAAAACAAAGCAACAAACAAGUAUUAUUUAUUAAAUAAAAUAGAAAAAAAAAACAACAAACACACCAUAAUUUAAUAACUCCCCAGAGAACGUAAAAGUGAGAACACAAAUUAGCAAACAAAAAAAUAACUGUAAAAUUCACCACCACCACCACCCUAAAUACAACUUCACCUUUAUUAAACGCCUCAAAAUCGAAAAUGAAAAACAAAACGAACAACAAUUGCAUUUAGUUGACUAGAAAUGCUGCUGAUUGGUGCCCUAGCAUUGGGUUUAGUAGAGUCAACAAAUUCAAAUUUGGGCAUCAAUAGUUUAAGUUACAGUACAGUGGCCAGCAGCAGUGGUAGUGGCAGUGGUAGCAGCAGCAGUGGAGGUAUUGGUCUUGGCAUUGAAGGCGGUGAUGGUGUUAUUAACUCUGUGAUCGAAACAGCAGCAGCUGCAGCAGCAGGUGUUGGUGGUGUCAGCAGUAGCAGUAGUAGCUCCUCCAGUGGAGGAGUUUCUUCGGCCGUCUCAAUAUUUUCCCAACCCACAAUGAAUGCAGUCACCGGUCAUGGUAGUGGCGGAGGUGCGAUUGGCGUUGGUGGUAUGAUUGUUACAAGUUCUAAUACUGGCGGUGCCUUAUCCUGGGACAACAAUGCCACCAUACGUUCAGCCACUACGGGCGACUGGUCAAUUGAACAGUGCAUUAUAUGGCAGCGACCCCACCACAUGUAUUUUCAAUUAGGAAAUGCCUUUUUACUUUUGGCUUUUCUGGCACCACAUCGACCGUUUGGCAUUCUGUGGUUGCGUGCAAUGCUCGUAAUCGGAGCCAUUCUGCUGGCCAUGUAUGGCUAUUUGAUUGAUUGCGCCCAAGAUGUUGUGCUGUGGUCGUCGUUAUUUUUUGGGGUUAACACGAUUUACCUGAUAGCAGCAUUAUGUCGCCUGCGACCCGUGCGCUUCGAUAGAGAAAUUGACGCAGUUUAUGAGGCUUUAUUCAAACCGUUGCACGUAACACGACAUCAAUUUAAAAAAGUUUUGAACUGCAUGAAACUGAUACGUGCCCUCAAAUAUCAGGAGGUGUAUGCACAAGAAAAAGUUACCAAAGUCGAUAGUCUAUCGUUGGUAUUAUCGGGAAAGUUAGUGGUAUCACAAAAUCAACGAGCAUUACAUAUAGUAUUUCCACAUCAGUUCCUAGAUUCCCCAGAAUGGUUUGGUGUUUCAACGGACGAUUAUUUUCAGGUCUCAAUUAUGGCCAUGGAAGAAUCGAGAGUUCUGAUAUGGCAUCGGGAUAAAUUAAAAUUAUCUAUAAUGUCGGAACCGUUUUUACAGACAGUUUUUGAUCACAUACUGGGACGUGAUGUGGUCAAAAAACUAAUGCAAGUAACACAGGUUAGCGAGUCAAUUGCCAGUAAUGGAUUUUUACCAUCCGGUAGUUAUGAUGAUGCAGAAGAUAAACCGAUGCUCAUUAUGAAAAAAAGUGUAGAAGGACACAGUUUAACAGCUUUAAUAAAUCGACAAUUGCAAGAAGAGCAUGUGCCUCUUUUGGGCCGUACAUACACUACUAAAACUUUUCAGUUGUACAAGCCUAACACAGGCCACGGCCUAAGCAACGACGAUGAAUCCUGCUCAGCAGCUGAAUAUACUACCACCUCAGACAUACCACCGUGCCUGAUUAUAAAAGAAUAAUUUCUUGUUUUUUUUUUUACUUUCCUUUUAAAGUUUUAAGUUUAAACUCACACCACUACUACUACUACUACUACUCAGCUAUAGGAAAAAAAGUCAAAUUUUGUAUAAAAAAGAAAAAAAUAUUAAACAAAAACUACUUUAUAAAUAGAACAAAAGGAAAUACGGUAAUAAGCUACCAGUAACUAAAUUAACAAAAAUAAUUUAUAAUAAUAACUAGAGUAAAAUGAGUUAGAAUUAAUUGUAAAUCGAUAAAAAUGUUAAAAAAAAGAAAACAAACUAAACCAAAUAUUAAUGUUUAACAUUAUUAUAAAAACAAAAAAAAAAAAAACUACUACUAACAUUAUGCUAAUUAAGUGUAUUCUCACAGCUUAAGGAAAUAUUGAAUUUAUAAAUAUUUAUAAUUAGGAUUUAUAAAACAUUACUAAACUGUAUUUGCCUUUAAAAAAAUACAGUUAAUAAAAUGAAGUUUAUUUAAAACUUUUUUACUAUUAUUAAACUAGUGCUUUACACUGUUUAAAGCUAAUUUUGUGUUUUUGAAUAAAGCAAAUUGUAUUUCAAUAUUUUAUUUUUUGAAUAAAAUUUUCCAACUGAAAUAUAAUUUGUUGCAAAAUUUUUUUUUAUGAAGUAUAACAAAGGCUUAACAAACUUCAUUUUUCUUUAACUCCUUUUAAGCUUUUUAUAUUCAAUGUAUUGCUAUUGAAAAAUUGGAAAUAAUUCUGUAACUUUUUUCUCUAACAAGUGAUCGAAAAAGGUUUUUACAAAUAAAAAAGUACGAUAUCGAAAGAAAGGAAAAGCCAAGCGAACGAAAAAUAAUCACUCAAAUUCUCGUAAAAUUUGGUUAAUCUACGUCGACCAAUUUCUUGCGAAUGAGAUUAUACUCCUUGUAUUAUAAUUCGAAAGAAAAAAUCCGGUACCAGUCACCUUUUAUAGAUUUUCAUUCAAUCAGGAUGAAAAUAUUGAAUUCUAUGUUUUUGAAAAAACUAAUUUUUUAUACCAUUAGGAUCCCAUAUGUAUGAUUUUAUAAUUCAGAAAAUCUACAAAAGUACCAUUUCAAUGACGAAAAAGUACCAGAAACUCUCCCUUUAUAAAUUUUAAAACAAUCGGUUUGCUGAUCUUAUAGAUUUUCAUUCCUUUAGAAUCCAAUAUGUUUGAUUAUAUGUUUCUAGGUGCAUUAUUGCAGAAAAACCAAAAAUUACAAGUUGAAGAACUAAAAAGUGCCAAACAUCCUUUCCUACAGAUUUUCAUUCACUCAGGAGUCUGAAAUGUAUAAUUUUAGGUUUCUAAGUUUAAUAUUACAGAAAAUACAAAACAGUAACUUUUAAAGCUUAAAAAAUUCUUUAAGAUCAAAACUUCUUUUUGGCGUUUUGUUCCAAUUUGCUAAAAAAUUGUAAAUUUAUAUGUUUUUAAUUUACUUUAUGCUUUAUUUCAAAGUUUUAGUUUUACAUGUUUUUAUUAAAAUUUUCUUACUGCUUAACACAAUUUUAUUUUGCCAUUUUUAAUUAUGUUUUGCUAUUUUUAUUUUGGCGUUUUUCUUAAAAAUUUCUUCUAAAGCUUUUCAUACAAUUCCCCUAUAACUUUCCAUCAUCAUGUCACCGUACUCAGUUUCAAGAAAAAGUGAUAUUAUUUUUGCUUCUUGUGGAUAAAUAGUUUUCAUUUGAUAUGGAAUUGAGAUUUGUCAACUUUAAAACAAUUUUAGUUAAAACGGAGGUUGUAGGUUCGAUUCCUAACAGUUUCUCUGGUAAAUGAGUGCAUAACAGUCUAGGUUAAUUUCUUCGGAUUUGUAAAAUAUCAACUAACUAUGUACAUGUGAAUUAGUGUCAAAUUUAAACCGAUUUUGCUCAUUUUCAUUACGAAACAAACUGCAUCAAUAGGAACAUUUGCAAACGGACAUACAAUCUAAAAGAACCUGAAAUGUACACAGUGUCACCAAUAUUUCGAUGUGUUACACAGGCAAAAUCACUACCCAGCAGUUCGACAAAGAGUCAAUGCAUCCGAAAAAGAAAGUGAUUUCCACUAAAGUCUAACCAUCUAAUUCGUCUUUCAUCACGGAUGUACUAUUUACAAACGAGGGUGAAGAUAUAGGGGGCACUAUAGUGUGCCCCCUUUGUAAGCGAGACACUUAAAAACAAACUAAAGCUUUUUGUCUGUCUCUUCGUAAUCUAUGGAGUGACGAUUGACUUUCUUGUAGUUCAAGCACAUACAUAAAAUAGCUAGUCACCUGGGUAAUCGGUAACUAGGGGUAACCCUAAGUGGUAGGAUAAAUAGUUAGUUCGGAACUGUCCGGCCGAACUGCUGGAUAUAUCCCUCCUCCCUUUUGAUGGUGUAUAUGAAAAUAAUUUAACAACAUUCACCAUCAAUUUUCAUAUCUUCAAUCAAUCGAAAAAAACUAUACAGUUGAAACCAUUUCGUUUGGUAUGUGUGGCAAGCCUAAAUCUUAUUUUUAUAUGUUUUUUUACUUUUUUAAUAAAAUUUUAUUUAAUUAGCAUUUUUUAAUUCUUGUUAUUUAAUCCAAUUUAAACACUUAUUCACUAUUUUGCAAUUUUUAUAAUUAAAAUUUUACAUCUUUUUCAAUUUCAAAGAAAUUUUCGUUAUCCUAACUAAAGUUUGCUAAAAAUAACACCGAAUUCGUAACGCCCCAAAAUAGGCUUUAAUUUGUUCAUUAAACUAAUUCAGCAAUAAGGUGUUUCCUUUUAUAUUAAAAUCAACAGGGUGCACUGUAUAAAAUCUACGUCCUAAAAAUAUGCUGUAGUUAUUAAAAAAAUACAAAAGUUACUUGCUGGAAAUUCUGUCCGCCUGGUAUUUUUGCCAGAAUUUUAACAAUUUGGAUUUUUGGACGAAUUUGCCUCAACGUGACCAACUUACUAAAAAGAAAAACGAUACAAUUUUACGAAUUUUAUGGAGUUGUGGCAAAUAAACUGAAUAAAAAUAAUAACCGUUUUUAAGCAAAUUUCAAUUUUAUUUAUUUUACAUAGUUUUCUUAAUAAUAAAUACUAUAACUAAGUAGUAGGGUGAUCGAUUAUUCGACAUUUUCCAAA